UAGUCCAAAGUGAGGUUGACUGGUAAAGUAGGCAACAUGGCGGAGAUGAGUGGCGUAAGCAUUUUGCAACACGAAAUUGAAAAAGCUAAAGACAAAUUGAAAGAUGUGAAUGAAAAUAUUAAGAAAUUAACAGGAAGGGAUCCUGAAGAUCUCAGGUCAGUAAAAAGUCGGCAGCAGGAAGCCAGGGGUAGAGGACGACUUUUCACCCUUGCAAGGCGUGGAAUCAUGCCAGCUGAAAGUCCAGGUGGUCCACCUGCAAAAAAACGUAUGAUGGCGGGAGCAUUUGCGAGGCUUGGACCAAUGAUUGGACGUCGGCGAGAGCGAGAGGACAGCGGAGAUGAGGAUGAGCCUCCUAACAAGCUGACUGUCCAUUCGUCUGUAGUGGCUACCCCUAAAGAAGUGCGUAGUCGCAAGGAGUGUCUUCAGGAACAGAGUAACGACAAGGAAGGACUGCAGAGGAACAGACGAAUGUUUGGUUUGUUGCUUGGAACACUGCAGAAGUUCAAAACAGAGGCUCGUGCCCAGGAUGAAAAGGUUCAGCAGCGCCGCAUGAUUGAAAAAAAACUGGAAGAAGAUGCAGAACGUGAGAAAGAACAUUACCGCCAAGAAACAAAACUUUUAAUUGAGGAGUCACAGCUGGAGCAGGCCAAAAUUUCUCGUCUCCAGCAAAAGAUGGAGCUUGUCAAUGAGCACGAAGCUCUAGCUGCAGAGACAAGAAAGUUACAAAACUUCCUUUGCACACGUGCAAAACCUCGCAUUUUCUGGCUGCCCAAGGCAUUGAACUCUGCUGCUGAGAGUAAACUAAAGGAAUCUAAGAAGGUUGUUGAAAAAAUGCUCAAGGAUAAGCAAGAAGCCCUUGAACGUGAAAUCAAUGAGGUCAUGGAACGUGAACAGCAGCGCGAGGAGCGCAUCCGCAUGAGAUUGCGUCAAGAUGCCAACCUGCUGGACAAAGAAAACAAUAGCAAGUCGGGUCGCACUGGAACCGAUGGGGGCUCUAGGCAGUCACGUGAUAAAAAAGGCAGCAGUGGUGCUCACAAAGAGGCCAAGAAGAAGUCUGUAGAGAUGCAAUAUGAUGACGAAGAAGAAGAAAUGGAAGAGGAAGAUGAGGUGACGCGCAUCGAGCUGGGUGAUCGCGAGGUAGCAGGUGGUGAUAAAGGGAAGAGAGGGGAGGAAGGAAAGGCCAAAGAGCUAACGGUGAAUGAGAAGCCGGAGGAAGGCAAGAAGGUUGAGAGCGAUAAGGGUGGGUACGAUGAUGGAAAUAAUACAGAUGUGGAUUACAACGACGAUGAAAUGGCCAGCGAGGGAGAAAUGCCUCAGCAUAAGUCUAGUUUAGGGGAAGGGGAGAUGCUGGUAGUUGGGGAGUCAUCUGUGAUGACAAGUAAGGAGCAGAGAAAAGAGGAGGGAGGUGAGGACAGGUGGAAAGAGGUCGCCUUAAUACAAAGCACAGACCAGGCUUCAGUGGCUGAUGCAAAUGCAGAGUUAUUCAGUAGUGGGGCUUUGCAGAGGACGGUUGAGGAAGGUGUGGUAGAGGAGGCAGCCAAUGAAUAGAUGACAGGAAAUAGAAAUCCAAAACCUCAUCGAAGAGGUGAAUGUUUUUUUGUUUGUCAUAAAUGAAGUAAAGGUGAAUGACAGCUAGGUUUUGAUUUUUUUUUUUCUGUUUUUGAAUUUCUAUUCAAAAAAGACAUUUAGGGGAAAAGGCUUUCAGCAUCUAGAGGGAAAUAAAUACUAGCUAAUCAAAAUACUACCCUACAGUUGUAAGCUAGAUAAUAUGACCUGUCGGUCUUUGGAACUUUUAGCUUGUGGAAGUUUGCCUGGGUAUGAAACUGCCUCACUGCAGCUUUAAAAUUCCAGUUUCUUCACAGUUAACAAAGCAGGUGAUUUUUUUUCCUGCGAUUUUCAAACCGAUUUUAGUGAGGAGGAUUGGGCCUUGUAAGGUGCUGAAUAUGGUCCUAACUUUUCAUUCCUCAGGUUGAAGUUUCAAGAGGUAAGUAUAGUGUUUGAAUGUAGCUCAGUUACUGACGGUGGGAGUGGUAUUGUCAGCAUCAACCAUAAAAUGCAUCAAGGAAUUUGUUUCUUGGUUUUUAAUAGAUAAGCAUUUAAUUUUUAUCUUAAGUAUGGGUGGGAGGUAAGUAUUGUUUGCAAGGCAAGAACUUCUUUCAAGAUUCAUUAUUUCCACUUCCAGAACGUUCAGUAGUGAAGAGAUUAAGAAAUUAUAAGAGGGAUUAAAUUCUGUAGGGAUUUGCUUCCAGCAGUUGCUUCAGCGAGUUCUUAAAAAUGUUAAUGCUUUGAACAACAAUUUUUUUUAAUAAUCUUUUUCUCAUAAAUUUAUCGCUUUUCAUUAAGCUUUUCUUCAGGUGACAAGUGAAACGGGGUGGUGUGCAGAUGAAAUUGUGUUUGUGCUCUUAUGUUUGUACAUUUGUAGCAACACGCGUUUAGGUCUGUAGUUCUAAAAAUACAAAAUGCCUUAAGAUAUAAAGAAUAACUGAAGUUUAUAGGGUGAUAUUUUAGAAAAGAAAAACAUUUGACCUUGCAGUACAUUCUAUAUGAUAGUUUACAUUAAUCAAGUUUGUGUAAAUGCUAGCAUUUUGGCAUAGUGCCUAGUAUUUGUGCUAUUUUUUCUUUGUUAACGAAUAUCAAUGAAUAACUCUAAUAGAAUUAUUAGAUGCACAGUCCUUGGAUAUAAUACUUGUAAGCAGUCUUAAAUUAGUUCUGUUUAUCCAGUAAACUGCAUUCCACGAGGAAAGGAAAUGGAGGAUAGGGGUCACAGCUAUAUUUAGGACUUUAACAGAAGUUACUGGGUGAAUCUACUGGGUUAUUCCAAUUUAAGAUUAUCAUGAAUUGUUGAAUAUUUGACAGUUUUAAAACGCUUCUUUUGCUAAAUAAAUUUUGUAUAAUUGA